AAGCAGAAGCGUACCCAGAAAUCAUGGAAACUAGCGAGCGAACAGCGCUAUCCAGCCCCGAAAUCCUAGAAGCCAUUCUCCUAGAGCUGGACAUGCGCACCCUCUUAACUUCAGCCCAGCUUACAUGCAAGGGCUGGCGGGCGCUCAUCAUACACUCUCCGUCACUUCAACAGGCGCUAUUCUUCCGCCCAGUCAAACAGGAUGCUGAAAAGCGAUAUAACCCUCUGCUGGCGGAGACAUUUCCCUCAUUCUUCCCCACCCGUCAUGCAACACACCACAACGCAGACUCGGCUACACCGACAUCUUCUCAUUCCUCAAUCCGGGUGCCAGGCGAAGCUCCCUCUCUACUGCGUCUAGAAAUCUCGAAAAAUCCAGAAAAACGGGGGGCAUAUCUCCAUGUAAACGCCAGUUGGCGGCGAAUGCUGAUCCAGCAGCCCCCCGUGCGGGGCCUAGCUCAUAUUAGCGUCACAAGCGGCCAGAUUGGCUUCGGCUAUUCUCGCUACAUACUCCAUGGCAAGGACCUACCUGGCGAUGAGGCCGAUGCGAAUUAUGCCGGGAUUCGUAUGAACAUCUUCUAUGAUUUGAUUCUGAAACAACCCAUUUCUGAGUCAAGGAUUUACUGGUGGGGGAAAGUCCCACCAAAUGUCAUGGAUCACAGGGCAGAUGGCAUACGAGAUAUGUUCAAGAAUACGGUGGCGGAGUCUGAUGUAAUACUCUAUACAACAAGUGUAUAUCAGUGUGUGCAAGGAAUUCAACGGCCGCCACAUCCUGAAGAGGAGAUGAUGCGACAGAUAGCGUUUCCUGUACGGGAUUGGGGAGCCAAGCUCUCGUUUCACAAUUCCACAAAGCUACUUCCACCGGAUUUGGAAGGGCAUGCUAGAUACACAGAGUUACGCCGACGCUGACACUGACACUGGAAGCUGGUGUCACCUUGGACAGGCCACAGAGGUGUGGGCCAAUAGCGGCACCCUUAGAAAUAAUAUUAUUUCCACCUUGUGCCUCGUUAGUUUCAGUUGACCGAUGUACUAUUCCUCAUUAUGCACUAUUGUAGCCCGGAGAAGCCUUGGACGGAGCUGGGCUAUAUAUACCUGGAUAACGUGUGCAACAACAACAACAACAACAACAAGAUGAAAUCGUGGAUCGAUAAGAAACUGCCAAGUAGCCAUAUCUCCUCCGAAUGCCU